CGGAAGAUUGACGACGUAUCGUCGUCAACAUGAAUGCUUCCGACGAUCACUACGUAAUAAAGAAAACAAACGAAGUCAUCGAAGCAUGUUAUUACGUGGAGAAUUCAAACGAUGAUCCUUUAUGGCGAGAUCAUAGCUCCUUGAACACUUCUCUCCCUUUCUUGCUAACCCAGCUUUUCAUUGUUCUUUUCCUUGAUCGACUCCUAUUGCUCGUCCUCAGGCCCCUCCGCCAGCCUCCUAUUGUCGCCCAUAUCAUAUGCGGCGUGAUGUUAGGCCCGACAUUGUUUGCAGAAACUCAAUUCUCGAGAAAGUAUGUCAUACCUCACAAAACGAUAAUGGUGCUCGAGACAUUUGCAAACUUGGCAUUGACGUAUUACGUGUUUUUGGUUGGUUUAGAGAUGGAUUUUUCCCUCAUUAAGCAAUCGGGGGCCCAAGUGAUAAGUGUCACCGCCGCCGGCAUUAUAUUCCCGCUUCUUCUCGGUUUUGGCUUGUAUUUCAUGGCGAUAAAAGAAAACGAAUAUUUCGAUAGAAGGGGAUCGUUGUUCUGGGCCAUCGCGUUGACAUCCACCAACCUCCCUGAUCUUACUCGGAUCCUCGCCGACCUCAAGCUCCUCCGCACAAAUAUCAGCAAGAUAGCCAUGAGUUCCGCCAUUCUCUCCGAUUUGUUCUCGUGGCUUCUCCUUAUCACUGCGAUAUCGAUCUUCAACGGCCAAAAAUACAAAACCAUACUCGCUACGGUUGUUUUCGUACUGGUAUGCGUUUUCGCACUCCGUCCGGCUUUCGCUUGGUUGAUCGAACGUACUUCGGAAGGUGAAGUCCUCAGCGACACACAUAUAUGGUUCAUCAUGGCGGGGAUUUUACUCUGCGGACUCACCACUGAUGCUUGCGGCUCGAAUUCUAUCGUGGGUGCCUUCAUGUUCGGUGCUAUUUUACCGCAAGAGGAGGCGGUGAGGACCAGGGUUGUGGAGAAGCUUAACGAUUUCGUGAACUGGAUCUUGAUGCCUCUCUUCUUCUUGAUCAAUGGACUACGAUCCGAUCCCGUAUUGUUCGAUAAUACCUCUUGGAUCAUGGUGUUUCUUGUCAUCGUCUUGUCUUGUGCUGCAAAGGUUGUCAGUGUUUUCCUGGUUUCAUUACACUACAAGAUGUCAUGUACAGACAGUAUGGUCCUAGGGUUGCUUAUGAAUACCAAAGGUGUGUUAAGCCUCAUCAUCCUUAAUACAGGCCGCAACAUAAAGGCUUUGAACAACCAGACAUUUCCAUUGAUGAUGCUCGCAGUGCUUGUGAUGUCGUGUUUGAUAGAACCAAUAAUCGCAUUUGUCAACAAGCCAUCGAAGAAAACCGUGACACACGUGAAUCGGAGCAUCAAAGGGUCGGAACCAGACACAGAGUUAAGGAUCCUUGCAUGUGUCCACUCCAUGCGAAAUGUAAUGGGAACCCUUAGUAUUCUCAACCUUUCCCAUGGCACCAAAGGGUCUCCUCUCUCCGUCUUCGGCACCCAUCUCAUUGAGCUCUCGAAACGAGCCAGCACAGCGAUGCUCAUUGUUCACAACGAGGGCAACCAGGACGAGGGCGGUCGUUUCAACCGGGCGAAAACAGAGAAGACCAACAUCAUCCGUGCGUUCAAGAACUUCGAGAAAUCAAACGACGAAGAUGCGGUGACGGUCCAUACGAUGUCGGUCAUAUCCCCCUAUGCCACCAUGCAUGUCGACAUAUGUAGUCUCGCGGAAGACAAAUGCGUCAACCUCAUUCUCCUACCAUUCCAUAAGGAAGUGAAAGCCGACGGUCAUAUGGGAGCCAGCAACUCAAGUUACGCUAACGUGAACAACAACGUGUUAAUGAGCACACCGUGCUCCGUGGCCAUGCUCGUUGACCGAGGGAUCAGCUCGAAAGUCUUUGAAUCACACGAUAAAUCCUCCGGCAACUACACUUGUCGAAUCGCCAUGUUAUUCGUAGGCGGCCCUGAUGAUCGAGAGGCAUUAGCCUAUGCUUGUAGGAUGGCCGGUCACCCUACUGUAAACCUAACCGUGGCAAGAUUUUUCCCCGGAGAAGAUACAACGGACCCGACCCUACAAAGCAACACCAGUAUUAAACGAGAAAAGCUGACCGACUACGAAUACAUUGAAGAAUUAAAGGUGAAGGCGAUGGAAAAUAGCGUUAUACGUUACGCUGAAAUGACUGUCCACAACGGAGAAGAAACCAUAGCAGGGAUCAGAGCAUUGGGCGAUAAUGUGUUCGAUUUGUACGUAGUAGGGAGAAGACAAGGGGAAGCUAAGUCUCCGAUCACCGAAGGACUGUCGGAUUGGGGUACUUGCCCGGAGCUCGGGGCAUUAGGAGAUACAUUGGUGUCUUCGAACUUUGCCUUGAAUGCAUCGGUGUUGGUCGUGCAGCACUACAUUUCCACGGAUGUAAUUCAUGAAAUAUCUGAUGAUUUUCCUGAUUGCACGAUAGGGAUAGGGAUGAAGCAAGGUGUUCCAAGAUAUGAUUUCUAAGUAA